UCACACCAAACGAGAAUGGACGACCUGUAAUAGAUUUCGGUGAUAAAAAGGUAGAUUAGCUUAUUACAUAUAAAUUAAAUGUUUUUCAUUUAGCUUUGUUUUAUCGUCAAGAUGCCUCAGAGUUUAUUUCCAGCUUUGAAAAACGACGUUAUAUUAAGAGCAGCGAGAGGAGAGAAAACGGAGUAUGUUCCUGUAUGGGUGAUGAGACAAGCAGGUAGAUACCUACCUGAAUUCCGAGAAUUAAGGAAUUAUUUCGAUUUUUUCCAUAUUUGUCGUACUCCCGAACUUGCCAGCGAUGUUACUCUUCAGCCAAUAGAGAGAUUCGAUUUAGAUGCAGCCAUUAUUUUCUCAGAUAUCCUGGUGGUUCCACAAGCAAUGGGAAUGACCGUCGAGAUGCUGCCUGGUGUGGGUCCGUCGUUUCCCAAACCUCUUGCUAGUCCUGCCGACUUGAAUGCUCUGAAGAAGUCUGUAGAUGUCGACAAGGAACUUGGUUACGUGUUUGAUGCUGUCACGUUGACGAGACAUAAACUCGGUGGCCGCGUUCCUCUGAUCGGAUUUAGCGGCUCACCCUGGACACUCAUGGGCUACAUGAUAGAGGGCGGCGGCUCUAAAACCAUGUCAAAAUCCAAGAAAUGGCUCUAUCGGUGGCCCGAAGCCAGUCACGAAUUAUUGGGUAUUUUGACGGAUGUGAUAAUUAAUUAUCUGGUUGGUCAGGUGAAAGCCGGGGCUCAGAUGUUACAGCUGUUUGAGAGUAAUGGAGGUUAUUUGGGACCGGAACAGUUCGGUAUAUUUGCAUUGCCUUAUAUAAAAAGAAUUCAGAGUGGCGUGAGAGAAAAGUUAAGAGAUGAAGGUCACGAACAAGUACCGCUUAUCAUUUAUGCAAAAGAUUGUCAUUACGCAUUAAAAGAUUUGGGAAUGGCAGGAUUCGACGUUGUUGGUUUGGAUUGGACUAUAUCCCCAAAGAGAGGGAGAGAAGAAGUGGGUCCGAAUGUCUCUUUACAAGGAAAUUUAGAUCCGUGUGCACUGUAUUCUUCUCAAGAAGACAUUGAAACAUUUGUUAAAAAUAUGUUGGAUGAAUUUGGUACCCAACAAUAUAUUGCUAAUUUAGGUCAUGGUAUUUAUCCGGAUGUAAGUGUAGAUAGCAUGAAAACUUUUGUAGAUGCAGUUCAUAAUUAUUCAAAAGAAAAAAAUAGUUCUUUAGAUAACUAAUUUUUCUGCAUUCAUAGACCAUAUUAUAAAGUAAACUUUAUCAUGUAGGAAGUAAUUUGUUUUUCAAAAUAUUUGAAUAUAAUUAUUGCAUAAUCGAGAAUACAUGUUUUUUGUAAUGUUGUCGUCAUCUUAUUAUUUUCAUGCUUAUCAAUUUGUUGUAUUUGAUAUAAACUUAUAAGAUUUUUAUAUGGAUCAUUUUAACUACCGAUUAUAAAUAUUGUUAGUAUAUUUAUUUUAAUUAAUAAAAAUUGAUUUGUUUAUUUAAUUAUAUUUAAAAUUUUUGGAUAUUAUUUAAUAUUUAUCCAUUGUUUGUUUGAUUCUCCAAGUAUUGUUUUAAGUGCAAACAACUCAUCUUCCAUAUAUUUUUCUAAGAAUCAAAAGUAAGAUUAUAUUUGUAAAAUGAAUAAAGUAAAUAGGUUUAGAAAUAGGAAUCCAAACAACUAAUUCUUAUUAAGAGUUAUUUGCACUGAAAAUAUAAUAAAUGAUACUAUGAUGAAAUUAUAUGGUAAAUGAUAGCCAAGUUACUGCUUGAAUAAACUGGUAAAGAAAAUAAAAAAUGAAAAUUAAUUUUAUGUAAUAAAUGUUAAUGGAAAAUGUAUUUGUUAUUUUAUCUAAA